AUGUUAAAUUCCUGGGGAACAGCAACCCUGCUGGUGGGACUUGCCCUCAGCAACUAUGCCGUAGCUGGAGAUGUCAUUACCAGUGACAGUUACUUCUAUGGCGAGUCUCCUGCGGUGUACCCAUCUCCUAUCGGGUCUGGGACUGGAGACUGGGCUGCUGCAUAUGUGAAAGCCAAGGCUUUUGUGGCCAAGCUCUCUGAUGAUGAGAAGGUUAACCUCACAGCUGGUGUGACAUCAACCACCAGCUGCUCUGGAUUUAUUCAACCAAUCGAGCGCUUGGGAUUCCCGGGAAUGUGUGUGAACGACGCUGGAAAUGGUCUUAGAGGACCUGACUAUGUCAACGGUUGGGCAGCUGGUAUUUCCGUUGGGGCCAGUUGGAAUCGCGAUCUUGCCAAUUCUCGGGGCACAUACAUGGGCAAAGAGUUCCGCACAAAAGGUGUGAACAUGAUCCUUGGACCCGUUGUGGGUCCCCUCGGUCGUGUAGCACUCGGUGGACGUAAUUGGGAAGGGUUCGCCGCCGACCCUUACCUCAGUGGAAUUCUCCUCGCCGAGUCUGUGAAGGGUCUCCAGUCCCAGAAUGUUGCAACAUCUCUCAAGCAUUUCAUUGCCUAUGAACAAGAAACCAAUCGCAACCCCGCUACAUCAGAUGGCAUCACUACUCAGUCCGUAUCUUCUAACCUGGAUGAUAAAACCAUUCACGAACUUUAUCUUUGGCCAUUCCAGGAUGCAGUGCUUGCUGGUGCUGCUUGUGUCAUGUGUUCAUAUAACCGAUUAAACAAUUCCUACGCUUGCCAGAACAGCAAAUCCCUGAAUGGCUUACUGAAGACUGAGCUUGGCUUCCAAGAUAAAAAAGGCUACGUUGUUACUGAUUGGGAUGCUCAACAUGGUGGUAUUUCUAGUGCCAAUGCUGGCCUUGACGUUGUGAUGCCCUCAUCAACGCUUUGGAACAGUAAUUUGAUCACUGCUAUCACGAACGGAACAAUGAAGGCCUCGCGUUUAGAUGACAUGGUCACAAGACUCAUGGCCACAUGGUAUUACCUAGACCAAGAAACAGCAUUCCCUAACCCGGGUGUUGGAAUGCCACUCAGCGUCACCGAGCCUCAUCAAGCUGUCAUCGCUACAUCGCAAGCAGCAAAACCAAUCCUUCUUCAGGCUUCCAUCGAGGGCCACGUCUUGGUGAAGAAUACCAACAAUGCUCUUCCCUUGAAGUCACCAAAGUUAAUUUCGGUUUUCGGCUAUGAUGCCUACACCCCAAUGGUCAUGAACCUCGUCAGCAGUUUUUCAAACCUCAAAACCACUCGAUCACCCCUCUAUCAGAAUGGAACCCAGUGGGUCGGCGGUGGUUCCGGCGCUAACUCGCCCGCCUACGUUGAUGCUCCUAUUAGCGCCAUCCAGCGCCGUGCAUACGAUGAUGGCUCGUCCGUUCUCUGGGACUUCACUUCCGAGAGCCCAUCUGUGGACGCUACUUCCGAUGUGUGUUUAGUGUUCCUCAACGCUUACGCCACUGAAGGAUACGACAGAGCAGCUCUCUACGAUGACUACAGCGACGCGAUCGUGACAAACGUCGCUGACAAGUGCGCCAACACUGUUGUCGUGAUCCACAACGCUGGUAUCCGCACUAUCGAGGCCUGGGUUGACCACGCCAAUGUCACUGGUAUCAUCUACGCCCACCUCCCCGGUCAGGACAGCGGCCGCGCCUUGGUGGAGGUUCUCUACGGAGAUUCUAACCCCUCGGGCAAACUGCCCUACACCGUCGCUAAAACACAAUCCGAUUACGGCGAUCUGCUUGAGCCUUCCGAGCCCGAGGGUAUAUAUGAGUACUUCCCGCAAUCUGACUUCUCUGAGGGUGUCUACAUCGAUUACCGCGCCUUUGAUAAGAGCGGAAUCGAGCCCCUUUACGCUUUUGGCUAUGGUCUCUCUUACACAACCUUUGGUUACUCCAACAUCAGGGCAUCCAAGACCUCUUCUUCGUCCUCACAGUACCCCGCUAAGGCAGCGAUUGUCUCCGGUGGAAACCCCCAUCUCUUUGAUGCGUUGGUGACCGUCACCGCUACUGUCAAGAACACUGGUAGCGUUGCUGGCCAAGAGGUUGCCCAGCUUUAUGUUGGUAUUCCCAAUGGGCCUGUUCGCCAGCUUCGUGGCUUCGAAAAGAUUCUAAUCAACCCGGGCAAGUCUGCUACUGUGAGCUUUAGCUUGACUCGUCGUGAUUUGAGUACUUGGGACACCACUGCGCAGCAGUGGCUGCUUCAGCGGGGAACGUAUAAUAUUUACGUCGGUAGUAGCAGCAGAGACCUUCCUCUUCAGACUACUUUGACCUUCUAA